UCUGAGCUUCGCCCGCUCCAGCCCUAGCGCCGCUCGGCCACAGCUAGCACUCCGGCCGCCGAAGCUCCCCAUCCUCUCCCGGGGACGGCACCCAGGCGCUCCAGGAUGGCCCUCCGCGGGCCCCUCCGGCCGCGCAAAGUUCGCAGGAGGCGAGAGAUGCUGCCGCGGCAAGUUGGCUUCGUGUGCGCGGUGCUGGCCCUGGUGUGCUGUGCGUCCGGCCUCUUUGGCAGCUUGGGGCAUAAAACGGCUUCUGCUAGCAAACAUGUUCUACCAGAUACAUGGAGGAAUAGAAAACUGAUGGCACCAAUGAACGGGACUCAAACAGCUAAGAAUUGCACGGAUCCUGCGAUUCAUGAGUUCCCCACAGACCUGUUCUCCAAUAAGGAGCGACAGCACGGAGCCGUCCUGCUGCACAUCCUCGGAGCUCUGUACAUGUUCUACGCCUUGGCCAUAGUGUGUGAUGACUUCUUCGUUCCGUCUCUAGAGAAGAUCUGCGAGAAACUCCAUCUGAGUGAAGAUGUGGCCGGAGCCACCUUCAUGGCCGCGGGAAGCUCGACGCCCGAGCUGUUUGCCUCUGUUAUUGGCGUGUUCAUCACCCACGGAGACGUUGGGGUUGGGACCAUUGUGGGCUCUGCGGUGUUUAACAUCCUGUGUAUCAUUGGAGUCUGUGGAUUAUUUGCGGGGCAGGUGGUCCGUCUGACAUGGUGGGCCGUGUGCCGAGACUCCGUGUACUACACCCUCUCUGUCAUCGUGCUCAUUGCCUUCAUAUAUGAUGAAGAAAUCGUGUGGUGGGAAGGCCUGGUGCUCAUCAUCUUGUACGUGUUUUACAUUCUGAUCAUGAAGUACAAUGUGAAAAUGCAGGCCUUUUUCACCAUCAAACAAAAGACCAUUGCAAAUGGCAACACGGUCAGCAGUGAGCUGGAGGAUGGUAAUGAUUACUGUGAUACUAGCUCUGAUGACCCCUCCCUGCCAUUGCUGGGGCAAGUGAAGGAGGAGCCACAGUACAGCAAAAACGCGGUGGUGAUGGUGGAUGAGGUCAUGAGUUCCAGCCCUCCCAAGUUCAGCUUCCCGGAGGCAGGCUUACGCAUCAUGAUCACCAAUAAGUUUGGGCCCAGGACGCGACUACGGAUGGCCAGUAGGAUCAUAAUUAAUGAGCGGCAGAGACUGAUCAACUCGGCAAACGGUGUGAGCAGCAAGCCGCUUCAGAACGGGAGACACGAAAAUAUCGAGAAUGGGAAUGUUCCCGUGGAAAACCCUGAGGACCCUCAGCGGCAACAGGAGCAGCAACCCCCACCCCCACCGCCACCCCCAGAGCCCGAGCCCGUUGAGGCUGCCUUCCUGUCCCCCUUCUCCGUGCCCGAGGCAAGAGGGGACAAAGCCAAGUGGGUGUUCACCUGGCCGCUCAUCUUCCUCCUGUGCGUGACCAUCCCCAACUGCAGCAAGCCCCGCUGGGAGAAGUACUUCAUGGUCACCUUCAUCACCGCCACGCUGUGGAUUGCUGUCUUCUCCUACCUGAUGGUGUGGCUGGUGACCAUUAUUGGAUACACGCUUGGGAUCCCGGAUGUCAUCAUGGGUAUCACUUUCCUGGCGGCAGGCACGAGUGUUCCGGACUGCAUGGCCAGCUUAAUCGUGGCGAGACAAGGCCUUGGUGACAUGGCAGUCUCAAACACCAUAGGAAGCAAUGUGUUUGACAUCCUAGUGGGACUCGGCAUACCUUGGGGCCUGCAGACCAUGGUUAUUAACUAUGGGUCCACGGUGAAGAUCAACAGCCGGGGUCUGGUCUAUUCCGUGGUGUUGUUGCUGGGCUCCGUCGCUCUCACCGUCCUCGGCAUCCAUCUAAACAAAUGGAGACUUGACCGGAAGCUGGGGGUCUGUGUGCUGGCCCUCUAUGCCGUCUUCUUGUGCUUCUCGAUAAUGAUAGAGUUUAACGUCUUCACCUUCGUCAACCUGCCGAUGUGCCGAGAAGACGAUUAAAGCCGAGCUGCUGCCCACCCCCCACGGGGGGCUGUUCUGGACUCUGAUGCCAGCCUCUUCUCUCCCUCCCUCCCCCACCACGAGUCUCUCCUGCCUCGGUGGCCACCGUCUGUUCCUUCACACACUGGAAGGAAGAGCCAUCGUGGUCUUUGUCUGGUCACGGGCCAGGCUGCUGGGCAUCCUCCUCCUCCUCGGAGUGCUGCCCUCCCCACACAAGGCAAGAUUCGGGGGCCGCCAUGGGAGUGGCUUCGCAGACCCCCGAGCUGGCAGCCGCAGGGAUGCACUUGUGUCUCAUCUCUCUCGGACACUUUAGUGAGGACGUCUGUGUGCAGUUUGUCUUUCUGUCGUAGGGCAGCCUCAGAAGUGAGGUGGCCGGCGAAUGUGAGGUCCCCUGGGGCAAGUGCAAAAUAGGAAUGUCAUUCUCCGGUGUCCCCUCUGGGCCAGAGGGUGUGAGUCCCUGAGGCGGCCUGUGCUACACUCAGUCCCUCCCAUUUCUGCUGGAAACACUCACACCUUGGAGGGGGCAAGGCCUCCAUCCGCUGAGGGUUUGGGGCCACGAGGGCAAACAUUCUGCCCCUUUCUCUGGAAAAGCUGGAAGAACGGAAACUGCUUCUCGCCGCAGAAAAGAGAAUUUCCUUACCACUUUCAUUGACGCGUUCGGAGAAUGAGCAGUGAAAUAUUAAAAAUAAAAUGUCAUGUCGAUCAUCAUACUUGAAAAAUCUCAGUCCGUACAAAAAGGCCAUGCCGGGGACCAAGAACAGGUAACACCCCGUGGAAAAUGAAUCCUGUGUGUAUCAAUCAUGUCGCACUGACACUAAGACUUUUGGUUUGGAACACAGAAGAGAGUGAAAGACUAACAUCUACCUAGGUGCUAAUUCAGAGACACAGCGGAGAUGGAAGCUCACAGCCAUACAUUCCAGACCUUCCGUGUGAUGCGGACCCCUGUCGGUUUGGGUUUGUCAUUUCUUUGUUAAUGCGCUGCUCUCAAAACCACCCGGUCGAAAGACCCAGUCGUCUGUAUGCCCAGCAAAUUCCAUAGCCUGCUGGAACGAGUGUAUCACCAGUAACAGUUAAUGACAGGAUGGGAGAUUUCCUGAAAAUUGCUGUCUGGUUACCUGGAGGCGAGUAUGAAAAAUGUAACUUGGAAUUUUUAGAGCCUUACAGUGGGCUCCACGUGAAGGGCCAAGGACGGGAGGCUGAGUCAAAAAUAGAAAAAUAGGAAAUAAUUUUCACCUGCUUCGUAGCUCUCAAAUAUAUAUUAAAAAAGAUUUAUGAACACAAACCAUCCGUGGUUUCUAAAAAGAAAGCACAAUUAAUUUUAUAUAGAGGUGUGUUUUUUUAUUUUUAUUUUUGUGGCGUUUCUAUUGCAAAAGUCUACUGGAUUUGAUGCACUUUUAAUAUUGGGAUAUUUUGCACGGAAGACUGUAUGGCAACUGCCCGUGAUAGUGUGAGGACAGGUUUUUAGCCGUUCACCUGUAAUCAGUCGUCGGGGAUGAGCCUAAACCAACAGCUCAUUCCUUCCUGAAACAAAGGUUGUGACUCGAGGUUGGAUGUGUGGCUGUGUUUGUUAGGGCCUCCUGAUUUUCAGAAGGAGGGAGCGUUCGAGUUGGUGUCCUUUAAGUGAGCCUAAGCCUAAGGUGGGAGGGAACACCGUCGUCGCCGGGCUUCUGUUCUGGAUCCGCAUCAGUGUUAGUAACUACACCACAUUAAGGUUCCUCUUUCAGUUUCUUUACCUGGAUUGGGCUCAGUGGUCUUUCCAUGGAGGGCAAAGGUGAUUUUCCUAAGAAAUUAGCUAGGUGGGAGCCGGGAGGAUCAUUCGUAUCAACUUCAGAUACGCAGGGUUUCCAAGCCCUCUGUGACCUCUUAGGGAAGCCCGCCUGGUCCCUUUGGUCUUACAGACUCCUCUGGGUUUCAGAGUGGGUCUGUCUCCAACUUGACUCUCAAAAUUGCCCUGUUGAUGUAAGUAGGGUUUGGUCUCUCCAUUUUUUUUU